AUGGAGAGCCCCUUCUUCUACUCGGUCGACCCAUUGUGCGCCGCGGGCCGCCGGUCCCAGCACAUCGAGAGCCCCUUCUUCUACUCCGCUGACCCAUGGAGCGCCGCCGGCGGCCCGCGGUCCCGGCACACCGAGAGCCCCUUCUUCUACUCCGCUGACCCAUGGAGCGCCGCCGGCGGCCCGCGGUCCCGGCACACCGAGAGCCCCUUCUUCUACUCCGCCGACCCAUGGAGCGCCGCCGGCGGCCCGCGGUCCCGGCACAUCGAGAGCCCCUUCUUCUACUCCGCCGACCCAUGGAGCGCCGCCGGCCGCCCGCGGUCCCGGCACAUCGAGAGCCCCUUCUUCUACUCCGCCGACCCAUGGAGCGCCGCCGGCCGCCGCCACCACCCACACUGCCCCGCGCCCGUGUUCACUGCGAAUCCUGGCGUCGUCUACAUCCCCAACCACUUCGAUGGGUCGGACGAGGUUCCCGCCGUCACGAAGCCCGCGAGGGCGCCGCCGUCUGAGGCGGUUCGGUCGUCUGCGGCUGUUGCCAUUCAGAGGUUCUUUAGAGGCCACAUGGUGCGGAAGAACGUGAGAGUCGUCUCCCGGAUCGCGACGGAGGUGGAAGAGAUCGAGCGGAGGGUUUGCUCGGAGAUGGAGCGGCUGAGGGUGGAUCCCAAGGAGCGGCUGCUGGUGGGCGAGAUGCUGAUGGCGCUGCUCUUCCGUCUGGACUCUGUCCGCGGGGUAAGGGAGUACCGGAAGAAGACGAUCCGGAGGGUGAUCGCGCUCCAGGAGGCCCUGGAUUCGAUCUCGGCCCAAACCCUUGAAUCGUCGAAUCCCAUUGAUUCUGAACCACCGAUUUCGGCGGAGAUGCAGCCAGAUAACCGUGAAGAGGUGGAGGGGACGCCUCGGGAGGACGAUUCCGAUGGCGCCAACACCGAAGAAGCCUCGGCUCAAGAAUGUCAAGAUCCGGACUCCAAUGCCGCCCAUGAAUCUGCCUCUCAAGCUAGCCAAGAUCCAGAACCGGAAGCAAAGGAUGAAGGCUUCGUGUUGGUAACAGUGGAGGAAGCUACCGGCACUCCUCUGUCGAAGGCCAACUCGGGAGCAAAAUGCGUAGACGGCGAUGUCGUUACGGACAAAGCAGCACUUUCUGAUUCAAUGGAGCAAGAGAAGAGGGAACCAACGACGGCCCCGGCAGAGGAAGCACCCGAGAUAUCGACUGCAGGAUGGCACAUGACCGAGGAUUCGGUGCAGGCAAUGGUGGAACCAAGAAAGGAUUCGAAGGACGCCUCGGGGAUGGGGGAGGCGGCGAAGAAGGUGAUGGCGGAGAGCGAGAGGCUGCAAGGGUUGGUGGCGGCGUUGUUUGAGCGGAGUGCGCAUCAGUGCAGGCUGAUGGCAGGGCUGGUGGAGAGGGUGGAACAAUUGGAGGGUGCGGUGCACAGAAUGGAUAAGAAGAAGGCGAAUAAGAUGCGUGCAAACUGCCAUCCUCCUUCGCCGGUCGACAAGAAAGGUAACCAAACGAGGCAAUGA